UUUACCAAAACACAGAGCAAGACCGUAUGGGCUAGUGAUUCCAGUCAGCACCGAUGCAGCUGGAAGCUAUCUAUCCAGUGUUCUCUCUGCAAGCCAUCAAAGACGAUCAACCAGGGAUGUAUCCCAAAUCCCAAAACAACUAUAUUUUAAUGUCACAGCUUUUGGAAGGGAAUUCCAUCUCCGGCUGAGACCUAAUACCCACCUGGUGGCUCCCAAGGCAGUUGUGGAGUGGUAUGAAGACUCUGUGGAAACUGGAAAUGGCACUGAUGCUGGUAACACAAAUCAGAGUAGAACUGCUACAGAGAAGUUGUGGAAAAGAGAGCCUCUGUGGACCAACUGUGCUUACAUUGGAGACAUUGCUGAUAUCCCUGGAGCUUCUGUUGCUAUUAGCAACUGUGAUGGACUGGCUGGAAUGAUAAGAACUGAUAAGGAUGAAUAUUUCAUCGAACCUUUGGAAAAAGGCAAGCAAAUGGAGGAAGAGAAGGGUAGAAUUCAUGUGGUCUACAGGAGAUCAGCUGUAACACAAGAUUCCAGUGAUGUGCUUCAAGACUUCCGAACAGAAGAAUCUCUUCUUGGGGGCCUUUCAGGCCUGGAUUCCAUAUACAGUAAUGUAGAGCAUCAGCUAAAUGAGUCACUGAGACGCCGUAGACAUGCAGGAGACAAUGACUACAACAUUGAAGUGCUUCUAGGAGUGGAUGACUCUGUGGUCCGGUUUCAUGGCAAAGAACAUGUUCAAAACUACCUCCUCACUCUUAUGAAUAUAGUGAAUGAAAUUUACCAUGAUGAAUCCUUGGGUGUCCACAUCAAUGUGGUGCUGGUGCGAAUGAUAAUGUUGGGUUAUGCAAAGUCCAUCAGCUUGAUCGAAAGGGGAAACCCAUCAAGAAGCCUGGAAAAUGUUUGCCGUUGGGCAUAUCAGCAGCAGAAGUCGGACCCUAAUCAUUCUGAGCACCAUGAUCAUGCCAUAUUUCUAACCAGGCAGGAUUUUGGGCCAGCUGGUAUGCAAGGAUAUGCCCCUGUCACUGGCAUGUGUCAUCCUGUGAGAAGCUGCACUCUCAACCACGAGGAUGGGUUUUCUUCAGCUUUUGUUGUCGCCCAUGAAACUGGUCAUGUGCUGGGAAUGGAGCAUGAUGGGCAAGGGAACAGAUGUGGGGAUGAAACAGCAAUGGGGAGUGUCAUGGCUCCCUUGGUGCAGGCUGCAUUUCAUCGUUACCACUGGUCGCGCUGCAGUGGCCAAGAACUCAAACGAUAUAUACACUCUUAUGACUGUCUCCUUGAUGACCCUUUUGAACAUGAUUGGCCCAGACUUCCUGAAUUACCAGGCAUCAAUUAUUCUAUGGAUGAACAAUGCCGUUUUGAUUUUGGUGUUGGUUAUAAAAUGUGCACAGCGUUUCGAACCUUUGACCCCUGCAAGCAGCUGUGGUGUAGCCACCCAGACAACCCAUACUUCUGUAAGACUAAGAAGGGACCUCCGCUUGAUGGGACCGAAUGUGCUCCUGGGAAAUGGUGCUACAAAGGCCAUUGUAUGUGGAAGAAUGCAAACCAACUGAAACAGGAUGGCAACUGGGGACCCUGGACUAAAUUUGGUUCUUGCUCACGGACCUGUGGUACGGGAGUACGCUUCAGAACACGCCAGUGCAACAAUCCAAUGCCAGUCAAUGGGGGUCAGGAUUGUGCUGGUGUGAAUUUUGAAUAUCAGCUUUGCAACACAGAAGAAUGUCCAAAGCACUUUGAGGACUUCAGAGCUCAGCAGUGUCAGCAGCGCAAUUCCCAUUUUGAAUAUCAAAACAGCAAGCACCACUGGUUGCCAUACGAACAUCCUGACUCCAAUAAAAGAUGUCACCUUUACUGCCAAUCCAAAGAAACAGGGGAUGUCGCUUAUGUGAAACAACUGGCCCAUGAUGGGACUCGCUGUUCUUAUAAAGAUCCAUACAGUAUUUGUGUGCGUGGAGAGUGCGUGAAAGUGGGCUGUGACAAGGAAAUUGGUUCCAAUAAAGUUGAAGAUAAAUGUGGGGUCUGUGGUGGAGAUAACUCGCAUUGCCGAACUGUAAAAGGGACCUUUACUCGAACUCCUAAAAAGUUUGGGUACCUUAAGAUGUUUGAUAUCCCUCAUGGUGCUAGACAUGUGUUUAUCCAAGAAGACGAGGCUUCUCCUCACAUUCUUGCAAUUAAGAACCAGGCUACAGGACACUAUAUUCUGAAUGGCAAAGGAGAGGAGGCCAAGUCACGAUCCUUCAUCGAUCUUGGUGUGGAGUGGGAAUACAACAUAGAGGAUGACAUAGAAACACUUCAUACUGAUGGGCCCUUGCAUGAUGCUGUCAUUGUAUUGAUCAUUCCUCAAGAGAACGACACAAGGUCUAGUCUGACUUACAAAUACAUCAUUCAUGAGGAUUCAGUACCAAUGAUCAACAGUAACAAUGUACUUCAGGAGGAGAUAGAUACUUUUGAGUGGGCACUGAAGAGCUGGUCUCAGUGCUCCAAACCCUGUGGUGGAGGUUUCCAAUAUACAAAAUACGGGUGCCGGAGGAAAAGUGAUAACAAAAUGGUUCAUCGCAGCUUCUGUGAAGCCAGCAAAAAGCCAAAGCCUAUUCGUAGAAUGUGCAAUCUUCAGGAAUGUACCCAGCCACUCUGGGUAGCAGAAGAUUGGGAAUACUGUACAAAGACCUGUGGGAGUUCUGGUUACCAGAUCCGUACUGUGCGCUGUAUUCAACCUCUUCAUGAUGGUGCAAAUCGUUCUAUUCAUUUCAAGUACUGUAGUGGAGAUCGCCCUGAGAGCCGCAGGCCAUGUAACAGGAUCCUCUGCCCUUCACAGUGGAAAGCUGGACCCUGGUCUGAGUGCUCUGUGACCUGUGGGGAAGGAACUGAAACCAGGCAGAUCAUAUGUCGGGCUGGUGACCAGUGCAAUGGAGAAAAACCUGAGUCAACGAGGGUUUGUAAACUUGCUCCCUGCAAUGAUGAGCCAUGCCUGGGAGACAAGUCGAUAUUCUGUCAGAUGGAAGUACUGGCACGUUAUUGCUCUAUCCCUGGCUAUAACAAACUGUGCUGUGAUUCCUGCAGCAAGCGCAGUAGCACUCUUCCACCUCCUUACCUUCCAGAAGCUGCUGAAAUUGAAGAGGAAGUGAUGUUUGAUGCUAGUGACCUGCCUAGGACUCUGGUGAUGCCAACAUCUUUAGUACCUCAUCACUCAGAAUUCACUCCUGAGAAAAGAAGCUCUUUGGGGAGAAUGCCAUUUCUGGAAGAGGACAUUGAUAUACAUAUUUCACCAUCAUACAGUAAGCCCAAAGGUGUUGAAUCACCCCAGAGAAGAGUAAGCCAAGCAGGAAGUAAGACUUCUAAGUUAAUUGCAACACCAUAUCAGCCACCUAUCAAGAUUGGUAAUCUGGGUUCCUAUAAUGCCUCAGCUUUGGCAGCUGUUGUUCCUGGGGUAGCAGAUAACACUUCCGUAGGUACUCUGCCUCCAUUGCGAACCUCAAGGAAAAACGAAAAGCCUAUUGACAAGAAACGUCUUUUGAGACCACCCACUUUGGAAAGAUGAAAGUUAAUACAAGAAAGAAAACAGUACUAGAAAGGGGGAUGAGGGAGUUAUAUUUUUGUUUUGUUUUUGUUUGUUUGUUUAUUUUAUUGUUGUUGUUCUGGACACCAUGGUGCAUGCUGCUUUCCAAAAGCAGAGCUCUCUACAGAUCAACUCUUUUUAGUUGUAAAUGAACAAAAAGUGCUGGUUCACUUUCUAGUUGCUUCCAUCCUCCUCCUCCACACGUUUCAUUAUCCGAUUAGCUUGAAUGCAUUGGAGGAAAGCGCCAUAGACUAGCACCACAACAAUAACAGGAAGUUACUGGGUGUAUUGGUCAUGCUCUAGUACAGGAGACAUGGCCAGAACCUAUGGGUGUUCAUUAGCUAAUUGUUUUAAAAAACAUCAUGUGUAAAGGGAGGGGAGAGGAAACCCACUACCACAAGAGGUAUCAAAGGUUUACACUUUUUGAAAAAAGUUUUUUGCAAUGGAACAACAGAAUCCAUAAGACUUGUAUUGCUAAUUUAUCUAUAUAAAUGGAUAUUGUAUGAGCAAAUGUGCAGCUGUUGUGUAAAUACUGUAUAUUGCAGAAAAUCCAUAUUAUUUUUAAGAGUUUUGUGUUGUCAGACCAUUGUUAACCUAUGUUACAUUUCUGGAUAAUUACUAGGUGCCUGCCAUUGCAUACUGCCUUAUUUACAUUCCAUGAGUUGAUUUUCAAAACAGCAUUGUCAUAAGAGGAGGAGUUCUGUUUUAGAUGGACUUACAGCUACUGACAUUAAGAUUUUUUUUAAUAUCAACAAUGUGAUGCUUCAUUUUGGAAACGGAAAAAAGUGCAGACUUACAGGUUUGAGCCUACUCAUUGGUACCUGUUAAUUACAAGUAAUUUAGCUUUUUCACAGUUUUUGUCAGAGGUAUAAGAAAAUGAUAACAGGUGCCUGUGAAAAUACACAAACCCUGCUAGCCUGUACCUGUCAGACAUUCCUUAUGAUUGAUAUAAAACAAUCAGUGCCUUUUCUUAAUUUUCUUUUGUCCUAAAAGGACAAAUGAGUGCAGGAAAGGAACUAUGUAUAACCAAACAGUACUAUGGUGUUCACAAAACAAAAAUGAGCUGGGUUUUCUGGAUGACCUUUUUAUUUCUCCUGAAGCUGAAAAAAUAUCACAAAGCUAAAGGAGGCACUAACCAGAAGUAGCUAUAAGACUUCAAAUGGAUUUUUUUUCCUGUUUAAAACAUUGAUUUAAAGGUGAGAGAGAUAUUUAUUUUUCAGCAUGGUUCACUUUGAAAUCCUCACAACCACAAUGCAUCUGACUGCAAUAGUUUACUAGUAAUUUAUAUCAACAACCAUUUUGUUCACAGUUGACCCAGUCAUGCUCUCUCCUGUGUUGCUGUAAAGUACUUGUAUAUAGGAUCAAGAACUAAAGAUAUUUAUUAAAAAUAAAAUUCUUGAUAGUAUUUUAUGUACUAAAUAUUUACACUAAUAGCAAUGACUUUUUUUGCUAAGAUAAAAUACAGAGAUGUAAUAAACACCUGUAUAUGCUGUGUCAUAUGAAUAGAACAGAAAUUUAAGCUAACUAAACUACUGUAGACAAAUUGUUGGGCUAAUUAUUUUGGAAAAAAAUAGUGACAGUGUUUUUUAUUACAAGCAUCUUUAGCUUUUUAAAUAGUUUACUGAAGCUUGACGUGCAAUUUUUAUUUCUACAAAAAAGUCCUAUUGAGGAAACUGUUUUAAUAAAACAGUGAAUUUUUAGCACUAUGAAAUAGAUUAGGACUCCAUGGAUGAUGUUUGGGAAAUGGACAAAUAAACAUAUCAGGUAAUUUUGUAGAAUCACUGAGGUGAAGUCAGAAUGCAAAUCUGUGUCAGGAGACUUUAUUGUCAACUAGAAUGUAAAUAAAUUACACCUCCCCAACCUAAUAGCAUAGUUCACACUAUGUAAGAUCUGUCUUGCAUUAUGACGUUUGUAAUCUAACCCAUGGAAGUAUUGACUUGAUGCCUCUAAAGAAUUGCUGCUACCUUUAUGCAAGGCUUUUGAAGGUCAAAAUAAGUUAGUGUUAAAUAGACUGUAUAGCAGACAAUCCCUAAGCCUCAAACAGAUGAAUAGGAUGUGUGUUUAUUCCCCUGGAAUUCCCCAGAAAGUCAAAUUUUCUUUCUCUCUAUCUUUACCUUUCACAUAUAUACAAGAUGGAUGUAGAUACUCUUUGUAUCUUUUUUGUUUCCUUUUCUACCACGCUAUUUUUCUUUCAUUAAAGUGUACACUACUGAUACUGUUUGUUGUACUGGGGAGCUCAUAGCAAUAAAAAAAAUUAAUGUAA